CACACACACACACACACACACACACUAUUGCAGGAGCCAAGACAGAAGUACGACUCACCUAGCCUCACACACACUUGUCCAUGAAGCCACAAGAAUCCCUCCUGUCAGUGGGACAAUGUGUACGGUGAACCUGAUGACUGCUGGCUGCUGACUAUAGAUAACAAAGACAGCUUCUCUUCCCACAGAGCCACAACUCUUCGGCAGCAGCCACCACCACCAAAGGAAGAGGGAAGAUUCUUUCAGAUCCCUGGAACCUGAUGCCGCAGCCGGAAGCGUCUGCAGGCUUAAUUGAGCGACUCAAUCCGAGCAGCUGUGCGCAGCCCACACGCAAAAGCUGAAUAGGAAAGCCAGCACCGAAGAUACACGUGCCGAUGUGGACGUACCACCUGUCAAGUUCUAGACCUGGGUGUGAGAUGCAGUGAUUCAGCCCCAUAAGAUAAGGAAGGGGCAUGGCGGACUGUCCACACCUGAGCUUACCGGGGCUGUUUGUGCUCCUGAUCACUGCAUCUGUAACACGAGGCCAAAGCUGCCCGCAACGCUGUGACUGUUUCCAGCAGCAAAGGGCUGUGAUGUGCCAGAACAAACGUCUAAGCUCUAUUCCUGCGGGUAUACCGGUCGACACGCGGCUGUUGGACUUGAGCGGCAACAGUUUGCGAUGGGUGGAAUACAAUGACCUGGCAACCUUCUCAAAAACGGAGGAGCUAGACCUGAGCGAAAACCUCAUCAGCGUGCUUGAACCCAACGCCUUUUCCAGUUUGCUCAAUCUUAAAGUCCUCCGUCUCCGAGCCAACCAGCUGAAACUCAUACCCAUGGGUGCCUUUUCGCGUCUAACCAACCUUACCACUUUGGAUUUAAGUGAGAAUAAACUAGUUAUCCUAUUAGACUUCACCUUCCAGGACCUGAGGAACCUGCGCAAUCUUGAGGUCGGGGAUAAUGAUUUGGUGUACAUUUCUAACAAAGCUUUCCUGGGUCUAGUCGGUCUUCGGGAACUCACCAUCGAGAGAUGCAACCUUACUUCUAUAUCCGGACAGUCUCUUUCUUACCUUCGUGGUUUGGUGACGCUACGAUUACGCUACCUCAGCAUCGCUUCAUUGGAAGAACAGAACUUUCGUAAACUGGGUGGUUUGCGGGGUCUUGAGAUCGACCAUUGGCCCUUCCUCGAGUACAUUUCUCCACACAGCUUCCAGGGCCUCAAUCUUUCUUGGCUCUCGAUUACCAACACCAACAUUUCCACUGUGCCUACGGGUGCUCUCCGUAACCUCAUUCACCUGGCCAGCCUCGAUCUUUCUCACAACCCCAUCUCUGUUCUCGAGUCCUGGGCCUUGCGUGACCUUGUACGUUUGAAGGAAUUGCACCUAGUUGGUACAAACCUUAUAUCUGUUCAGUCCUAUGGUCUUGGAGGUUUGCAGCAGCUACGCUUGCUCAACCUUUCAAACAACAAGUUGGUUACCCUGGAGGAAAGCUCAUUCCACUCGGUAAACACCUUGGAGACGUUGCGCGUGGACGGCAACCCCUUGUCCUGCGACUGCCGCCUACUGUGGAUCCUGCAGCGUCGGAAAACCCUCAAUUUUGACGGAAGGUCGCCGGUUUGCGCCGCACCCGUGGAAGUACGAGGAAAAACACUUAGCACCUUCACGGACUCUGCGCUGUUUGACCACUUCACCUGUCAGCGGCCAAAAAUUCGCAACCGGAAACUGCAGCAGCUCACGGCACGUGAAGGCCAGGUGGUGUCGUUCGUGUGCAGUGCCGAAGGAGAUCCGACUCCCGUCAUCUUUUGGAUUUCUCCUCAACGUCGCCGUAUCACCACUAAGAGCACAGGCCGCGUUAUCGUACUACCAGAGGGCACACUGGAGAUUCGGUACGCCCAGGUAACAGACAGCGGGACUUAUAUUUGCAUAGCUAGCAAUGCCGGUGGCAAUGACACAUACUUUGCCACACUCACAGUGAGUGGGUCGCCACUUGAUGGUGCGUUGGCAAAUCGCACCUAUUACGUUGGUGAUCUAAAUGACACAAACUUAAAUGACACGCGGGUCUUCCUUAAGUUCACGUUGGACCUAAAAACCAUCCUGGUCUCCACAGCAAUGGGCUGCAUCACUUUUUUGGGUGUGGUGCUGUUCUGCUUUAUACUGCUGUUCGUUUGGAGUCGAGGGCGUGGUCAGCAUAAAAACAAUUUCUCAGUCGAGUAUUCCUUUAGAAAAGUUGACGGCCCGGCUACCAGUGGCGGACAAGGAGGCGCUAGAAAGUUUAAUAUGAAAAUGAUAUAAAGGAGAUAUGGACACCAACAGGUGAAUUGGAACAAAUUAACGUUUUGUUUGAAAUUAUUACAGUCCUGCAUCUUACCCAAAGGUAUGGAUGUCACAUUUUAAAGGAAAACACCACCGUUUUUCAAUAUUUUACUAUGUUCUUCCCUCAACUUAGACAAAUUAACACAUACCUAUCUUUUUUCAAUGCGUGCACUUAAUCUUUGUAGAACGCCUUGUGAAUAUUUUAGCAUUUAGCCUAACCCCAUUCAUUCCUUAGGAUCCAAAGAGGGAUGAAUUUAGAAGAAUAAAAACUGAGAACUUUAUUGAAUGGCGGAAGAGCACUUAGUUUGCAGCACUUCGACCUCGGGCGCAGUAAUAUUGACGGACGUUUGAGCAAGAGGGGAAGUAAUCAGGAGGGAUAAUGUUACUGCGUGCCAAGGUCAAAGUUCUUCAAACUAAGUGCCCUUCCGCAAUACACUAUACUUCUAAUUUUUUAUACGUUUGAAAAACCCCACGUUUUAUUUUGUUCCCCCAUACUUACUCGUGUAACUACUCAUGUAACAGUCUUUAAAUAGGGAAAACAUGGAAGUGUUUGGUGGCUUCUAAAUUCAUCCCUGUUUGGAUCCUAAGGAAUGAAUGGGGCUAGGCUUAUUGCUUACACAUUUACGAUGCGCUGUACAAAGAUUAAGUACACGCAUUGAAGAAAGAUAUGUGUGUAUUCAUUUGUCUAAGUUGAGGUAAGAACAUAGUAAAAUAUUGAAAAACGGUGGUGUUUUCCUUUAAAGCAGAGGUUUUUGAUGGGAGCAGCAAAAUGGUCAAAAAUGGUCCCUAUCUGUCACUGGGGCAAAAGUACACAUUUCAUUAGUUCAUAUUAAUACCUCAUAGGUACAUAUUGGUACCAAAUGCAUAUAUGUCUGUACCUAAGUGGUAUAUCUUAGGACCUUUCUAAAGAGUGCCGCCCCAGUGACAGCUUAGGACCGUUUUUGACCAUUUUUUCUGACAGUGUAUAGUUAAUGACACUUACUAUCUGCCAUUUUUAUAAGCAAAUCUUACUUGUGGUGGUGUGUGGCAUUUUACACAAUGUUAAAGAUUGUCUAUGUGGGACACUAUGGAUCACGGUGCCCGACUGAAAAGCAUAAAAGGCUAAGAACGACUUAAAGUAUCUGUAUUUUCUAUAAAAUAAGUUUGCUCUCUUAAAAAGAAAGUUCGAAUAAUUUCUACAUUGUAAAACAAAUUGAUUAAACUUAAAAAAGUUUGUUACCUGGUUACCUUAAAAAUUUAAGGCAACCAAGUAACUAUAAGUUAUAUAUUUUGGAAGUCAUUAUUGAAAAAGUCUUUGAUUUAGAUAGUCACUAUUAAAAGGUGCUUUAAGCUUGCCAAGGAAUUGCCAAUGGGUUCAGAAGUUAACUAAACACAUCAUUGUCCCAAUGUUGUGACUAAUGUAAACUUGCCUAGGCAAUUCAGUUUAUGUAUGCUCAUAAGUUUGUAGAUCAUAAAGUGGGCAUAUAGUUCACACUGCCAAUGUAUGACCAUGUCUGUGAAAUCCAGGCUAAAGUCUCAUUAUCUAAUGCAUUAAAGUUUGAUUUCAAUCUUUGAUAUAAUCAUACUCUGUUAAUUUUAAAGAUAUCAAGGUUAUAUUUUCACUUUUUAAUGUUCUUAUCUUGGAUGAUUUUAUGUAGAAAACAGUAAAUCACCAAAAAAAUGACUAAAGCUGGGUUUUCACAGACUGUGGGUCACGUUUAACAACGAUAUGAACUUCUUAGAAGACUGUUUGAGAAAAUGAAUGAAACUUUGUGGUAGUUGAUUCUUUCACUUCUCUUUUGAAUGGCUCUUGACAAUAUGAUUAGGAACAGAGUUUCUAUAUUACACUGCCACCUACAGUAUAUCUGAGUCAUGCCCACAUACGGUAAACACGCACACACAUACAGGUGUACUGUAUAGACCACGGAUAAAGCACAUUGUCUUUAUAUAGCAUAACAGAACAUCAAUAAUAGCCUCAAAAUCUAGAUAAGGUUUGACAUUUUAAGACAUUUGUAUCUUAGUUGUAUAUAUGGGUGUUGUUUGUGUACAUUUUGGUGCCCUGUUUUCAUUCAUGUUAAAUGAGAUUGUUAAUGUGAAAUACUUUUAUUCCAUUUAAGAUGUUUUUUAAAAGAUAAUCAUAGACGUGAACGAACUAAAAAAAAUAUAUAUAUAUAUAUACUUUUUACCUAUCUUCAGUUGUACUGAACACUGUCAAUGUCUUUAUGCCUUUACUGUGUAAACAUUUGUGAGACAAAGAAAAAUGGGCAUGACAACCUCAUGAUUUAUUUUGCAUUGUUUCAUUUGCAUGAGCAUAGUUGUGGAAAGCACUGUGAAAAAAAAAUGGGACACAAAAGAAACAUUUACAAAGCGUUUUGUUCACAAGCCACCAAUCCUUCAUGAAAUAAUUAUGCUUGCAUUUAGUGUUUAUAAAUAAAACGUUUUUAUUUUUCAAAUGCCCCGUUUACAGAUAAGACAAAGACGUAGUACAAAGCUGCGUUGCUGCCCCCUGCUGUUAUAUUUUACUAAUGUGAUAUUUGAUUGAAAAGCACAGGGUAUCUUUAUUUCUAGAAGCCUUAUUGCCUUCUACCUGUCAAUCUCUGAUGAUGAACUCAAAGCUUACAUUGAAAUAAAUAAGUAGUAUAUCUGUAAAGCUCCAGUAUUACUCAGACACACCCUUAAGUGUCUUGUUUUAAGCAACAUUAUAUGGACAUUGCAUACUGCCAUAAUUUGUCAACAGCUAAAAUGAUUGAAAUAAGCUAUUUGAUAUUUUUGUAAAAAUGCCAUUUUACAGUUUUAUUCAAUGUAUAAUAAAUCAAUGGAGAUCAUUUCAUGUUUUUUUUUUUCAUGUUUGUUCUGGCAGUAAAUACUACU